GCCAUCUAGCGUACAAGCCAGAUCAGAGAGCAUCAUCACUUCAGCAAACUAAAUACAUUUGUUAUAACUCCUUCACCAGAACAUCCGUGUCUCCACUCUUUUUUUAAACACUCUCUCUCUCUUUCUUUCUAUCUCUCUCUUCCUGGAUUUCAGCUACAGGCCACGAUCUAGAGAGACUCUUCAACCCCUUGUCGCCUUCAUCAUGGCCGACCCUGCCGCAGACCUCCCGUUCUUCUAUGGCAGCAUCAGCCGCUCGGAGGCCGAGGAUAACCUGAAGCUGGCCGGCAUGGGAGACGGCCUCUUCCUCCUGCGCCAGUGCCUCCGCAGCUUGGGGGGCUACGUCCUGUCUUUGGUUUGGAACCUGGAGUUCUACCAUUACUCGGUUGAAAAACAGCUUAAUGGCACAUUCUGCAUCGCAGGUGGGAAGCCUCACUGCGGACCUGCUGAGCUCUGUGAGUACUACAGCAAAGACCCCGACGGGCUCAUGUGCACCUUGAGAAAACCCUGCCUGCGAACGGCUGACACACCAAUCAAGACGGGCGUCUUUGACAGCCUGAGGGACAAUAUGCUCAGGGAAUAUGUGCGUCAGACUUGGAACCUGGAGGGGGAGGCCAUGGAACAAGCCGUCAUUAGCCAGGCCCCACAGCUAGAGAAACUGAUUGCCACCACAGCGCAUGAGAAAAUGCCCUGGUUCCAUGGCAAGAUCCCUCGCCAGGAGAGUGAGAGACGACUAUAUUCAGGAUCUCAGCCGGAUGGAAAGUUCCUAGUCCGAGAGAGAGAAGAAUUUGGAACGUUCGCGCUGUCAAUGACAUACGGAAAAACAGUAUACCAUUAUCAGAUUUUACAUGACAAAUCAGGGAAAUACGCAAUGCCAGAGGGAACUAAAUUUGACACCGUGUGGCAGCUGGUUGAAUAUUUAAAGAUGAAGCCUGAUGGUCUUGUGACUGUACUGAGAGAACAGUGUAUCAACCAAAGUAAUGCAGUUUCAGCUCUUACGACUGGUCCGAGGACGCCAGGAAAUAAUGGAUACACACCGCCGCCUAUGGUGCCCAAGUGUUCACGUCCAUCUUUGCCUAUGGAUCAUGAUGCAUUCACCAGUCCUUACGAUGAUCCAAAUGAAUGCAAGAAGAAGUCCUUAUUCAUCAAGAGAGACAAGCUCAUGAUCGACGAGGUGGAGCUUGGUUCGGGCAACUUUGGCUGUGUCAAGAAAGGUGUAUUCAAAAUGGAAAGCAAACAGAUUGAUGUGGCAAUUAAAGUUUUGAAGGAAGAUAAUGAAAAAUCAGUAAAGGAUGAACUGAUGCGAGAGGCCCAUAUUAUGCAUCAGCUGAGUGAUCCAUUCAUUGUGCGCAUGAUUGGACUCUGUGAAGCUGAAGCACUCAUGUUGGUGAUGGAAAUGGCCCCCGCUGGCCCACUCAACAAGUUUCUCUCUGGCAAGAAGGACCAGGUCACUAUGGACAACAUUGUGACCUUAAUGCAUCAGGUCUCACUGGGGAUGAAGUACUUAGAAGGAAAGAACUUUGUGCACAGAGACCUGGCAGCCCGUAAUGUACUAUUAGUCAACCAGCAAUAUGCCAAGAUCAGUGACUUCGGCCUCUCCAAGGCACUGGGUGCAGAUAACAACUAUUACAAGGCCCGUACAGGAGGUAGAUGGCCUCUGAAGUGGUACGCACCAGAGUGCAUUCAAUUUCAUAAGUUCUCCAGCAAAAGUGAUGUUUGGAGCUUUGGUGUUACGAUGUGGGAGGCCUUCUCCUAUGGAGGAAAGCCUUAUAAGAAAAUGAAAGGCCCAGAGGUAAUGAGUUUUAUUGAAAGUGGCAAUCGUAUGGAUUGCCCUGCUGGAUGUCCUGAGACCAUGUAUGAACUGAUGAAGGAGUGCUGGACAUACAAGCAUGAAGAACGGCCAGGUUUUGUCAAAGUAGAGGAGAAGAUGAGAAACUUCUAUUACUCCAUUUCCAAAAAGAUUCCAGACUACAUGAAAACAGAGAAUGGAAAGCCCCCUAAGUGAUCAUAGGGGCAAAUCUAUAAUGUAUUUUGAAUUUUUGCGUUGCAUUGCAUUGUGUUGUGUUUUAGGGUUAAAAGAAAUGUCUGCAAACUUAAUGGAUAAUGCGC